AGAAUAAACUCUUCCCCACUUAGUUCUAUAGACAUCAUCACCAUGGGAGUUAAAGGUCUUAAUCAACUAAUCAAAGAGCAUUCACCAUCAGCAUACAAGGAAUUCCAAUUAAAGAAUCUAUUUGGGAGAAAAGUUGCCAUCGAUGCACUGAUGUGUCUUUAUCAAUUCCUUAUUGCUGUCCGUCAGUCCGAUGGGCAGCAAUUGACCAAUGAAGACGGAGAAACUACGUCACAUCUCUCUGGUUUGUUCUACCGUACCAUUCGUCUUGUUGAGAACAAUAUCAAGCCUGUGUAUGUGUUUGACGGGAAGCCGCCUGUGCUUAAAGGUGGAGAAUUAGAGAAGAGAUUACAAAGAAGAGAAGAAGCCCAGAAACAGAUGGAUUCCAUCAAAGAUGAAGGAACAGUGGCUGAAGUCAUGAAGUUUGAAAAGAGAUUAGUAAGAGUGUCUCGUCAACAGAAUGAUGAAGCCAGAAAAUUAUUGGAGUUGAUGGGGAUCCCUAUAGUUAACGCACCCUGUGAAGCCGAAGCUCAAUGUGCCGAACUUGCUCGUGGUGGUAAAGUGUUUGCGGCUGCCUCCGAAGAUAUGGAUACUUUAUGUUAUGAACCUCCUUAUUUAUUAAGACAUUUAACAUUUGCCGAAGCAAGAAAGAUGCCCAUCGAUCAAAUCACAUAUUCUGAAGCAAUUGCAGGGUUGGAUAUGACUAAAGAACAGUUUAUUGAUUUGUGUAUUUUAUUAGGGUGUGAUUAUUGUGAAACUAUUAAAGGGGUAGGUCCAGUUACUGCAUUCAAGUUGAUCAAGGAACACGGUUCUUUGGAUAAGAUUGUCGAGUAUAUUAACAGCAAUCCUGAAAAAACCAAGUUUAAAGUUCCAGAAAACUGGCCAUAUGACGAAGCAAGACAGUUGUUUCUCAAACCUGAAGUCACUGAAGCUAGUGAAGUUACAUUAAAAUGGAAGGAACCGGAUGUAGAGGGGUUAAUCCAAUACAUGGUUAAAGAAAAGGGAUUCAGCGAAGAAAGAAUACGCAGUGGGGCAGAAAAGUUAAAGAAGGGAUUAAAAGCAGGCGUCCAAGGACGAUUAGAUGGAUUCUUCUCGGUAGUUAAACCAGCUGGUACUCCUGAUUCCAAAAAGAGAAAAACAGAGACCAGUUCCAAAAACAAUAAAAAGAAGAGAAGAUAAUUGUAUAAUAUGUAACAUGUAUAUUAAAGUAAGGUUUAAUCUUUCUUUGGCUUCUUCUUUUCAGCCUCAGCUUCCUUUUCAGCUUCAAUUUCAUCUACAUACUUCUUAAUCUCAUCAACAUCUAAAUUUUGAAUGGCAUUGCCUGGUCUCAACACUGAAACUUCAAUAUUCUUGGCUCCAGUUUGCACCACUUCCAAUAAUGAUUUAACUGUCAAUUUAAUAGUUUCUUCUUCACUCAAAUCUUCUUGAUAAUGUUUUUCCAAGAAUUCCUUGACAGUUUUAGAUGAUCUACCAAUAGCAUGGGCCUUCCAGGCAUUAUAUACCCCUGAAGGUUCAGUUUGGUAUAAUCUAGGCACAGUAUCAUUCUUAUCGAACCCUGCAAUAAGAGUGGCAAUCCCGAAGGGACGAACACCACCCGAUUGGGUAUAUUUCUGUUGAACUCCAGCCACGUACUUGGUCAAGUAUUCAAUGGAGACAGCGUCUUCCAAGGUUAAUCUAUAUGAUUGGGCUUCGACUCUCGCCUUAUCCACUAAUAUUCUUGCAUCAGCAUUGAGCCCAGCAAAUGCCAAAAGGAUGUGAUUGUCAACUUUACAGAUCUUGGAAGGGGUGAUUCGGGGGUCCUGUAAUUUAAGCGUGGUUCUCUUUUCGCAUCCCAAUACCACGGUAGAUUUACCCUUGACCCCAACGGCACAAGUACCUCGUUUCACGGCCUCUGAGGCGUAUUCAACUUAAAAUAGAUAAUGCACUGUCGUAACCACUCAUUGUGACUUGGUCUGUAUAAUGUGUUUAUGUAUU